CCUAGAAGAUCAAAGCAGUUGAUGCUCAGGUGAUGGCGAGCUCAAUUGUGAAGAUUUUGAUUUCACGAAGAAAUAAUUUCCCUCCAAUCGCCCGAUACCUCACCGACAACUCUUCUACACGGUUUAAAGUUGGUGACGAGGUGAAAGUGCGUCGGUUUGUCACUGUGGAAGAUGUAAACACAUUUGCCCAACUGACGGGUGACACAAACCCUAUCCACUUGGAUGAGCAUUUUGCGAAGAAAACCGAACUUGGGCAACUUGUUGUACAUGGGGUAAUUCUCAACGGGUAUCGUAAUCUCAUAAAUCUCAAAUUUAUUAAUUUACACUAUUAAAAAUCUUUGGAUUAAAUUAAAAAAUAAAUUCGCCGUUUCCCCUAAGAGUGAAAUUUAAUAUACUGGUAGAGUAAAUAAUUGGUUAUCAGUGGCCCACACUUUGAUCACACUUGUAAAUGAGGACACUUCACAGGUUAUACUGAUGAUCUAAUGGCACAGUACCCAUUGUUCAUUUUCUACCAAUGGGUGCUUUGUUCUCUGGUGAUUAUGAUUACAUGGUAUCAAGACCCGCUGUCCUUCACUCCUGUCUGCUAUUAAGCUCAUGAUUAACAAAUCAAGGGAUGAGGAAAUGUACCACUUCUGUAUUUCUUAUUUUAAAGAAUCACUUUUUUAAACUGGAUAGCCUGCUGAAGGAGAGAAUCUCAAGGUUGAACCUCCCCUCUCUGGUUUCUGUACUACUGACACCUUUACACAUGCUGUCAAGAAAUGUUAGGAAACAAAUGUUCCCUUUUAUUUUAGGAUAGUUUCAGCUGUACAUGGCACCAAUCUCCCAGGUCCUGGAUGUAUGGUUGUGUCACAAUCCCUCAAGUAUCCAGCCCCUUGUGAGUAAGAGAAGUCUAUUAAAAACUAAUAUAACUAAUAUAAUCAAUACAUUCUCAGAGUCUGGUUUUUAUGACAGCGACAUCACAAAUUUAUCUUUUCAAAAUACAAAUAGAACAAACCCAGCACUUAACCCUUAACACCCUUACCUUUGUAUUCAUUUUCUCCUCACUGUUCUGUUUACAUUUCUCCUGUUACUGAGAAGGAGAAUUUUUUUGAUAAUCAGGAGUUUCUUAAAUUAAUGAUCAUUUCCUUUUUCCUUUUGACGUCCUCAUCUGAUUCAAGAGCAAUAAUGUAGGGUGAAAUUGGAAGCCAGUCACUAUUAGGGGUUUAAGGGUUAAAUUUUUUUUAGGUAUUCUCAAUGUACUUGGAGAAUUACAUUGCCUAAAAUUUCUGUUUCCAUUCUUUUUAAAGGAAAGUACAAAAGAGUGUGUAUUUUUUAACCUUUACAUGGUUUCAGGGCUUUCAUCUGGCUAACUUAGGUAAAGAUUUAGCCACUACUUGAAAGCGUUAUAGCAUUAUGGACUUCAGCCUCAUUGUGAUCACUAUGUUUCCUAACCAUGGAUCACAUUUAGCCCAAUGUACAUAACUAAGGAUACAUUUAAGUUUAUGCAAGGGUAUAGAAAUCAAAGCUGUGGUAUAAUGGACCUCUGACUAAAAUUUAUUUUCCUAGUAUUUCCAGGGGAAGAGGUUUUGACUCAUAUUCAGGUUACCAGAUUGAGGCAUGCUAUCAUGAGUUGUGAUGUGACUUGCACAGCAGUUCAUAGGGGGAAAGUAAGUGAUCUCUGUUAAAUUAUGACUGCCACAGACCAACUGACCACACUGUUAGAGUACUUUAAAGCCCUUAAUUAUCAUCAUUACAAUUUUCUCAAAUGUGAUUGGUGCAUUAACUGCCCUAUAAUUUCCUAAUGGUUUUUAGAGUUGUAAUGAGACCAUGUACUGGUAAUCUAACAGUUAAAGCAGGCAAUUUAACUAUUUUUACUCAAAUAAUUCGACCAAUCACAGAAUUGAUUACAAUAACCAUAGUAGCAACCACUUACUCUACAAAGCUGGAGAAUUUCCAAAAUGGAGGAACUUUUUCACAUAGACAAUGUCUCUUCCAGAGAUAUUUUCUCAAAUAAAAGGUUUUUUCCUCAGAAAUUGUAAUGGUAAUGAGUAUUUGGUAAAAGAUUUUUGCAUUGUCUGAUUUGGUUGGUAAUCAUACUCAUGAUUGACACAUUUGACUCUCACUUAGCAUCUGUCUAAUUCUGUAAUCACUCAAAUGAUUACAGACUAAAUUGGACUCCUUGAUCCUAUUACCAUGAUAUGAUGACAACAAGGUUUUGAUUUUAGUCUUUGACAGGUUAUAUUACCCAGUUAAAGUAGGUGAAGUUUUGCUUACAGUUUUCCAGUACCUAAUAAUAAUUGUUCUUUUGGCUCUUGGCUCACCUUUAUGAUGAAAAAAAACAAAACAAAACAAAACACAAAAGCAGAGAAACAAAUUAGCUGCAUUGAACUUCAACUUUUUGUGGUGAUUCUUUUUAAGAAUUGACUUUUUAAGCUGAAGCAACAAACUUUUAAGUGCAUCAGACUUGUUUUUGGUCAUAUGGAAGACUUUUAUUAGUGGUUUCAUGUGUGUCAUUUUUGUUUGCGGCCAAGUUUUUAACCAUGGUGCAAUGCUGAGAUAUGACCCUGGGGUUAACUUUGCAUUUCAAAUACAACUGUGGAAGCCAAAUUGCAAGAAAAUGAAAUAGUGGUGGAAUUGAAAUGGAUCUCUUGUUUGAUGGGUUCACACACUGUGCUAGCAGACAUUUUGCUCAUUGCUCAUAAUUUUCCUCCCCCAAGGCCCAAAGGGCUUGCAAGAAUACAAUGAAAAAUAGUAUCUGCAGGUAUUAUAUGUGACACUAUCUUUUAAGGUGUAUGUUUUUUUUGCUGCUGUUUUAUUUUGUGGAAUUUGUACAUUUCAGGUUGUGUUAUGUGGUGAGACCAAGUUGUUACUUCCCAAGAAACCUGGCUGAGUCCAUGUGUAUGUGUUUUGUCCAUUUCCAAGUAAAUAAGAUGUUCUCAGCUGGAAAAAAUGGCAUAUGGGAACUUUUUUCCUAGUCCAGCAAAUGUUACCCAAUCACAAGCAAGCUUGUCAAUUCACGGACAAAAAGACACUUGCAAGGAUGAUCAACUUCUUUCAUGAAAGGUUCCAUUUAACUGACAACAAAUUUAACUUGGUAGCAUAUGCAAGGAAUGUGCUGCACCAUAGUCCAAAACACUGAAUACAGAGGGAUUACAGCUGGUCACCCAAGAGGAAUGGCGGGGUGGCCGUUUCUUACAUCAUGCAGGUUAUUACGGAAUAGGGUUAAACACGAUUAAAAAAAAGCCAUCUCAUGCCAUAAUUGCUCACUUAAUGUACAGCUUAUUAAAAAAACUCACUCAAAAAUGCUUUGAAUCUUCGCUAAUAAACAACAUCCACAAAAUGGUGCCGUAUCGGAAAAACGGAACGAUAAAGCAGACUUAGUAUUCGUGGUAUACUGUUACUUAACAGUUGGAGCUCAAGGACAGAAAUUAGAAAAUGGCUAACGUGAUGUUUUCGCGUAGUAUUUGUCAUAACAGUCCUAUAACUUGCAAGAAGAAGUGAAAUUGAAAUCGUGCUUGUUAUUUUGAUUUCUGUAGUUUGCUUUCGCGAAUGAAGUCGUUGACUGUGGUCAACGCCAAAGAAGGUUACUGGUGGGUGGCCGUUAAACUGUACUAACAGUUAUUAUGGGAAAUAAACGUGGAAGAAAUUUUACCUGAAAGAUUAUUCUUAAAUUUAUGUGAGUGGUUCCGCUUUAUGUGACCGUUUAGUAAAGCUAAAGAAAAUACAGAAAGGCCGUUGGAACCCAGCUAGUCAAGGGUGAUCACUAAAUAGAUGACAAUUAGAUAUUAGACGUGGAUUGUUAGGUUAAUAUCUCGUGCGCUUUAUGG